AUUAGGCACUUUUGGCCAGUCAAUUCAAAGUAGGCAGGGUUUACUGUUCACAGAAGCAGAGAGCGAAGCAUCAGAGCGAGGUGAUCUGAUUGGUCCAUCAUGUGGGCGUGGGCAUUACUUCCUGUCACAAUGGCAGUGAUUGGGAUUAUUGGGAUGUGGGCUGUGUUUGCCAUAGCAGUGUUCAAUAACACUGUUAAUAUAAAGGAAGAAUUCCCUUUCAUCAGCACAUGUGGCUCAUACAACCCCCAGAGCUGCCUGUUUUCUCAGAUCUGCAACAUAUGCAGUGUGUUGGCUAUGUGGAUUGUCACAAUUCGAUUUCAGCAGGUCCGUGAUUUGGGUUCUGGGUCCCGUUUAAACACAGCCAGUUUUGUGCUUGGCUUCAUCUCUAGCAUUGGGAUUUCUAUUAUAGGAAACUUCCAGCAAUCCAUAGUGAUGGGGGCUCAUCUGCUCGGAGUGCUCUUAACCUUCUUCCUGGGAUUGGCUUAUUUCUGGGUCCAGGUGUGGCUUUCGUACUACAGACCGCUCUCACAUCGCAAGUGGGUGGUGUCAGUGCGCAUCAUCCUCUGUUGCCAGUGUACUUUUUUGGUCAUCUGCAUUUUUGUUCUCUAUACCACAGGGUUUCGCUCUGAAGCUGCCGUAUGUGAGUGGAUUCUAGUCAUGUGUUUUUUUGCACUCUUUGCGAUUUUUGCAGCAGAGUUCAGGCACAUUGACUGCCACAAGCUCACCGUACAGUGCAAGGAAAGGAAAAGUGCCCGUGAUGAUUAUUGCGUGUGGACGAUACAGGAGAUUCACUGAGGAGCAGCUGGCAAGUUGUGGCUGUGUGGUACUCGGACAGAUACAUACAAGUUGAACGAACUCGCCAUUUAGUGUGGACAAAAUGACCUAUAACCUGCACAACUCAGCUAAAUGCACAAAAACACACAUAAGAUAAACCACUGUUAAAAUCCACAUUUUACCAUAUAAAUGGUAUGUUGCUGAAAUGCUAGCCUGAAUUCAAGAGCAUGGUGUUAAAAUGACGUUUUCACAAUGUUAAAUUGUAAUUUAUAAUUAAAAAGAUGUUUUAUCAGUUUAGUUUUCCAGCAGAAUAUUUUCAUGAACAAACAACUAUACCUCAGCCUGGAUCGCUUUGGUCUGAUUUGUAGUGUUAAAAACUUUGUUUGCAUAGUGUAAUGAAAUAUGUUAAGUUAUAAAUAUUUAAUUUUAUCUGACUAUUAUAAAAAAAAAAAACUUAUGAUUAUUAAUAAAUUUGACUUAACAAUUGCCGAGUAACAGUCUACAAAGUGAACGUUAAAGUAAAUAAAUACGAUGGUAUAAUUGGUCUUUAACAUUCAGUAAUUUGAAUGUAGUAGGCCUUCAGUUUUGCUAGAUGUUUGCAUCACCAGCCCUAACGUAACUUGCUGCUAAGAAUUGUGAAUCAUUUUGACAGAUUGACGCCUUUUCUGAUUCAUUUUAGUGUAUUGCUAUGUGAUUGAGGUGGUUGUUCCAGAGAAACAAGUGUGCAACCAUCUUUAGAAAUGUGUCUAUAGCAGGGGAGUCCACACUAAUACGUUUACGUCUGAAAACGCAUCUUUUUCUCUCCGUUUUGGCCUUCCGUCCACACUGAAACUGUGUUUUUAGUCAAGGAAAACUGAGCUUUUUGAAAAUGGAUGCUUUUGAAAGCGAUGACGCAAUUUUGGUUAUGUGGCGCAUAUUAUACCAAUAGAUAUCCAUGUUUAUACUGGUAUUGUGCAUGCUAUGUGCUAUGCAGUUUCUCACUAUUGCUAUAGAUGUACACUCUUCAUAUCACAGUCCUGCAAAGGUGGAAGCAAAUUUACUCAUGAGACAAAACAUGAGAGCAGUUGCAUUUUAGAUCAGACAGACAAUUGUGAGUGUGUGCGACCUGGACACGUCAGUGAAUGAUGGGUUCUUUUCAUAAAAAAAAAAAAAUCCUGUCAGAAGAACUGCAUAAAAUCUUAUCCUAUUUGUUCUGUGUGUAUCAUCUGCAGUGACCUUUUUUUGAAGCAAAUUUAACAUUUUCUUAUGUUUCAGUCUGGAUGAGACAAGGUAUGCAAAACAAAAAAUGCUAGUGUGGACAGAGAGCGUUUUAAAAUGAAAACACAGUUUUCAAAUGCAUCUGGAUUAAUGUAGAUGUAGCUUCAAUUCCUGGAGGGCCAGAGCCCUGCAGAGUUUAGAUUCAACUCUAAUUAAACACACCUGGAUUUACUUCUUGUGGAGUUAACGAAAGUUAUCACGUGCAUUCUAAAGUUUGAAGUGAAUUGUCAUGAGUCCAGGAUGCUUUUAAAACCAACGGUUCAUUCAUAAAUUUGUACGACCUUACCUUAUGCUGUGGAAAUACAAACCGGAAGACAAAAGACAAUCAGCACAAUGUUAAAAAGGGACAGGUCUACAUUUAGGUCUACUGUACACAUGACUCACAUUUACAAAUGGAAUAACUCUCCUCAGCUGAACGUCUGAGGUUUGUUUGUAGCAAGAGAUUGCAUAUAUACAAAUGCUUAUGUGAUAUAUUGAAUACAAGUUAUGUUUAUGUGGUGCAUUUUUCUUUGAAUCAAUUUGAUAAAAUUGUUAUUUUUAUUAUUUGCUAAAAAGUGUUUAAAUUCUUAUUUGAGCUUAAAAGGUGUCAUUCGCAUUUAUUGAAUUAUUUUCGCUUGGCAUACCUGCGUCAUGACGUCAUCGCACGCCCCUGAUGUGUGCAUUCUGAAUAUCAGUUGACACAUGCCUUUUUUUGAGACUAUGAGCAGGUGAACUGUAUAGAGUUUGUGAAAUAACCUGUUGAUUGUAUUUUCUUAUUUUUUUUAUUGUAAUGGAAAGUGUUUGAAAUCACUCAUGUUUACAUUCAGUCAUUACUGGGAAAGAGUAAUUCAUGUGUUGAGACUGUAAUGUGCUGAGCUUCUGUUAUAUGCUUUCAUUAUUCAUUCAGAGUAAAUACGCCAUCAUUGAAGCCGUCACUGCAGCGCUCUCUUUUUAAUUUUUCUUUAUUUAUGUUUAUUAUACUUCUUUUCAGAAGUACUACACCUA